AUGCCUUUCUCGCACCACAGCCACUCUGGUCAGUUCUGUGACGGCCAUGCCCGGGAUUCUCUGGAGGACAUCAUCCUCACCGCGAUAUCAAAGGAGAUGCAAGUUUUCGCUCUGACAGAACACAUGCCUCGUCAUGACGUGGACAGAUACCCCGAAGAGGAGGAGACGGGGGUUACGCUUGCAUCUUCUUUAAACAACGAAGCCUCGUACUUCAAAGAAGCCGUUCGUCUGCGCGAGAAACUCGGUGGUAGGAUCGGACUACCCAUUGGCUUCGAGAGUGACUGGAUUCGACCAGAGUCGCUCGAGCUCAUCGAUCGAAGCAUACGAACCUAUGCAUUUGACUUUUUUGUCGGGUCAGUCCACCAUGUACACACCAUCCCCAUAGACUACGACUACACGUUCUAUAAGCAAGCCCGCGAAAAAGCUGGCGGUACGGACGAGCAGCUUUUCCAGGACUAUUUCGACGCGCAGUUAGCGAUGUUGCAGGCGACCAAACCCCCGGUGGUGGGUCACUUUGAUCUCAUCCGCCUGAAAAGCGACGACCCCAACGCAAGCCUUAAGCAUCUCGGCGGUGUCUGGCAACGGAUAGAGCGAAACUUGGAAUGCAUUGCAUCGUAUGGAGCGGCCCUUGAACUCAAUUUCGCAAGUUUGCGCAAGGGUUUGAACGAACCUUAUCCUCAGGCCGACAUAUGUAGGGUUGCGGUAGAGAAGGGCGUCAGAUUCUGCCUAUCCGAUGAUAGCCACGGGAUGGACCAGGUGGCGCUGAAUUACAGUCACUGCCUCUCCUAUCUUCGAAGCGUGGGAAUAGGCUCUUUGACAGUCUUUGACCAUAGCGCAACCUCGGGCAAUCACCCUGACACUCGAUUUUCCACAUUGCGAUGUGACCAAAUCUCGCUUCUGGAACUCGAACAACAUAGAUUUUGGAAGACUGGAGACAACUAG